AUGGCCGGUCCAUUGGAGGAGACGGCAGAUGUGUUGGCCCCAGCUGCUGGUGAUGAUGCCACCGCCGCUGCCGUCGCCGUCGCGGGCGUGAAGCGACCCCUGGACAUUGACAGCCUCCAGCGCAAGAAGUUCAAAACCGAUGAAUUGCCCUUGACCGCUGCGCAACACGCCGCAAUCGAGCAUCUUCUACAUGCAUUCAAGAAGAGAGGUGGCUUCGAUAAUGUGCGCAAGAAGAUAUGGGCGGAGUUUGAGGAAGGGGAAGGCAAAGCGGAAUUUACGAACCUCCUCGCCGAACUUGCGGAAGCGGAGAUCGAUCGCGAACCUGGACUGUUGUCGCGGGAGCGCGGAAAGGCCGCGACUCUUAUCGAGGGCGCCGUCGAUCGGAGCGACGUCUACAAGACGGUAGAGAAGUCGCUGGAUGCGCUCGCUUCGAAUCAUCUACAGACGAUUCUGGAUUCUGUGCGGGAGAUCCGCCGCGAUGAAGUCGGCGUGGAGGCCGCUGCCGAGGAAGAGAAGGCAGGUAACAAGACUGACGAGGACUAUGCGAACUACAUACAGGCUAAGCGCGAUGAGCGCGAGAGAGCUUACCAGGAAGCAUUGCGGAAGGAGAAGGAAGCUGAGGAGGAGGAAGCGCGCAAGAAGGCGGAAGAGGACCGCAAGCGACGCGAGCUCGAACGCCAGAAGGAGGAAGAGGAACGGGCCAGACGUAGGGAGCGCGAGGAGCGACGCCGGGAAGAGCAGCGCAAGCUGGAUGAGCAACGAGAGAAGGAGCGCCAGGAACGCCAGGAACGAUACGAACGCCGCCGUCGGGAAGAGCGCGAGAGAUUCCGCGAUUGGCGGGAUCGCAGUCGAACCAGAGACCGGGACUCAGACCGCGACCGAGACCGAGAUCGUUUUCGCUUCCGUGAUCGCUCCCCCGGCUACCGCUCCGAACGAGGCCAUUCUCCCCGCCAUCGCGAGACUCGGAAAGAGAAAUCGCCGACACCCAAAGAACCCACACCGGCCCCUGUACCGCCUCCAGCCCCUGUUGACGAGAAGUCUCUGGAAGAGGCUGCGCUACAAAUGCUGUUGAAGGAGGGAGAGGAGCUCGCUGCGAAAGCCCGACAGAAGCCCGAGUUCGAUUUCGAGGAAGCUGAAGCGAUUGAAAACGGACUCAAACCACCACCAAAGGGACCCAAAGCACCCGACUCAAGAUACUCAAAUACGCCCACGCGCGCGGGCAGUAUCCCUACCGAAGGAGAGGCGGUGAAGCGGCGCGGCUCCGUAGAUGACCGCGUACGGCCACGACGACGUGAUGAGAGCCGCAGCCGCUCGAGAAAGAGGGGAGUUCCGCCCCGGGUCGAAGAUGACCGCCGGAACCCGUCACAGGAUGUGUCGAGUAUGUCUCGCGGGCGCGACUCCGAUGACCGAGCGCCUCCUCGAGACUAUCGUGAAAAUCGGUACGGUGACCGUAGCUACCGGCCCAGUCGUCGCAGCCGAAGCCGCUCGACCGUUCGAACCUUAGAUCGUGAUCGUGAUCGAGAUCGAGAUCAGGUUGCAGAGCGCCCGCGAUACCGCGAGAAAAGCUCGGAGAGGGAUCGGGAUCGCGAAAGGAAUCGUGAUCACGACUAUCGUCGAGAUCGCAGUCGAGAAAGGGAACGGGAUCGCAGAGACAGAGAUCGCGACAGGGACCGUGACAGGGACCGUGAGAGAGAAAGAGACCGGGAUAGAGCUCGCGAUCGCGACGAUUACCGCCGACGACACAGCUACUAUUCUCGAUCCCGCUCUCGUCCACGGUAUCGAUCUCGAUCCCGCUCACGGUCUUUACACAGAAAUCGGGAUCGGGAUCGGGAUCGGGAGCGUGAUCGAGAGCGCGAUAGGGAUCGCGAAAGAGACCGUGACCGCGACCGGGACAAGGACAGGGAUACCAGAGAAAAGAGGGACGUCAGGGAUACGAGAGAUGCCAGAGACACAAGAGACGCCCGGGACCGUGAUCGAGAUCGAGAAAGGGAUCGAGAUCGCGAUCGCGAUCGAGACCGCGACCAUGAUCGUGAUCGUGAGCGAGACAGGCAUCGGGAUCGUGAUCGCGAUCGCGAUCGAGAGCGUGACCGCGAUGGCAACGUCACCACCACCGCCACCCCUACCACGACCACCACCACCACCAAAACCCCCAUGAACCCUCACACCACCGUUGCGACCAGCACCCCUACCACGACCAGCACCAACGACCACCACCACCACCUUAGCCGGGGACGCAAUCCCGAUCGCUCGCGAGACCGCCCGCCACGCGAGGACGAGAAAUCCGCCCGAGUGUCCGUCUCCUCCCGCCGACGCUCGCGCUCCCGCGCCCGCCGCUCGCGCAGCCGUCGCCGCUCCCCCAGCACCCUCGACAUCGACCGCUAUGUGCCCCCGACCAGCAACCGCAGCCGGUCCCCACGGCGCCGCGUGAGGUCCCCCGAACGGUCGACCGAGAAGGAGCGCGAGCGUGAGCGCGACGACCGUCCGCGCUUCGUGGAGAUCGAUCGCUAUGUCCCCGGGGGUGGGGGUGGAGGUGGGGGUGGAAGCGCCGAGCAACAGCGCAGGCCGUCGGAGACGACCGAGUCCACACCCGCAGCAGUACCGGCAGGAGCGUCAGCAACAGCGUCCACAUCCGCAUCCGCAACAGCGGCAACGACUCCCCGGACGGACGACCGGCGGCCGCUGCAGCCUCCGCCGGCCCCUUCUUCUGCUUCUACUUCUCUUCCUCCCCCGCAGGGUCCCAGGCGGCAGAGCUCCGGCCGCAAUAGAUGAGUCCUAUGCCUAUCUGGGAUCUGGGAUUGGAAGGUCGGAUUCUGCCGCCUUCCAUUGUAACUAUAUCUUGUAUUUCACGUGGGCAAUUUGCAAUUUUCGUUCUUCGCAUGGGUUGGCGUUGAUAGGAUGGGUGGCAUAGGGUUUGAGGGGGGAAACCAAAAGAAACAGAA